AUGUCUUAUAUGAUGCAACCAAGUAUCAUCCUUCUGAAGGAUGGAACCGACACCUCACAAGGAACAGGUCAACUUUUGUCUAAUAUUGAUGCCUGCUAUGCUGUUGUGGAUGUCGUAAAAACUACUCUCGGUCCAAGAGGAAUGGAUAAACUCAUACAUGAUGGUCGUAGAGCCACCAUCUCCAAUGACGGUGCUACCAUUGUCAAAUUAUUGGAUGUUGUUCAUCCAGCUGCUAAACUUUUAGUAGAUAUUGCCAAAUCACAAGAUAGUGAAGUCGGUGAUGGUACUACCACCACAACAGUUCUUGCAGGUGAAUUCUUGAAAGAAGCUAGACCAUUCAUUGAAGAAGGUGUUCAUCCACAACUAAUUAUUAAAGCAUAUAGAGAAGCUUGUAGAGUAGCACUAAAGAGAUUGGAAGAAAUUGCCGUACCAGUUGAUAAGACAGAUAUUGAAAAGACAAAAGAUUUGUUGAGAAAGAUUGCAAGAACUUCACUUUCAUCCAAGUUGAUUGGUGGUAUUGAAAGCGAUCACUUUUCAUCAAUGGUUGUUGAUGCUGUACUUUCAUUAGAUGAAGAUUUGGAUAUUGAUUUGGUUGGUGUGAAACAAGUUCCAGGAGGAUCCAUGCAAGAAUCUUUCCUUGUUAGCGGUGUUGCUUUCAAAAAGACUUUCUCCUAUGCCGGAUUUGAACAACAACCAAAGAAAUUUGUUAAUCCUAAAAUUGUUACUCUAAAUAUUGAACUUGAAUUGAAGGCAGAAAAGGACAAUGCUGAAAUUAAGUUGAACGAUCCAGAACAAUAUCAAUCAAUUAUUGAUGCAGAAUGGAAGAUUAUUUAUGACAAGUUGGAAAAGAUUGUUUCUAGCGGUGCUAAAGUUGUGCUUUCAAAGAAAGCCAUUGGUGACCUUGCCACUCAAUACUUUGCAGACAGAGGUAUUUUCUGCGCAGGCCGUGUGGCUGAAGAUGACUUGCUUCGUGUCACUAAAGCAACAGGAAGCAAAGUUUUAACAACAGUUUCAAAGAUUGCUGAUGAUGACUUGGGUGCAUGUGAACUUUUUGAAGAAAGACAAGUUGGUAACGAAAGAUAUAAUAUUUUCACAGGUUGCCCUCAUGCCAAAACGGCUACUAUUAUUUUACGUGGUGGUGCUGAGCAAUUUAUUGCUGAAGCUGAAAGAUCAUUGCAUGAUGCUAUCAUGGUUGUGAGAAGGACACUAAAGAAUACAUCAAUUGUAGCUGGUGGAGGUGCUGUUGAAAUGGAUUUGAGUGCUCACUUGAAGAACUAUGCCAGAAGUAUUAAGGGUAAAUCACAAUUAAUCAUUUUGGCCUUUGCUAAAGCUCUAGAGGUAAUUCCAAGACAACUCUCUGAAAAUGCAGGUUUUGAUGCUACAAAUAUUUUGAACAAGCUCAGAAAGAAGCAUCAAGAGAAGGAUGGAGUGUGGUAUGGUGUUGACAUGAAGACUGAAGACGUUGCCGAUAAUUUUAACAACUUUGUUUGGGAACCAAGCUUGAUUAAGCGAAAUGCUCUUGUAUCUGCUAUCGAGGCUGCUACACUAAUUCUCUCAGUUGAUGAGACUGUAAAGAAUCCAGAAAGCGAACAGCAACAACAUGAUGCUCAAAGAAAUGCAGCAAUGUUCGGAAAGAAUGCUAAAUAA